AGCAUUUUGGCUCUCUCCCUGCCGCGAACAUGAUCUCCACAGGCUGGCUGUAUUUCCCAUGCCGGCGCUGCGGCGUUGUCAUGGACACCGUGGCGGCGCACCAAGCACAUGAACGGGCUUGUGCACAUAGGCACGGGGUUUGGGCACGCAACUCCGCUUCCCCAUGUGGAAUGAUUGCCCAGCUUGCGCAUGUGUGAUGAUUGCCCGCCUUCCCCGUAUGGCAGGGUGGAGCUUCGUACCCCUCGCAUUCGCAAGCGCCAAUUCAAAUAUGCAGAAGCCCAGGCGCAACAAAUUGCCUGGUGAGGGACGCGGGUUGAUGUUGUUGUUGGAUGUUGAAUGGCCAGGCGCGCAACAAGUUCCUGAUCGAAUGUGGGCAGGCCAUGGCAGGCAGACCAUUCUUUUUGGAGGCUCAAGACGGCGGUCCUCGAUCACGGAGAGUGAAGAGCAUAGUGGAAGCGCGGCAAACACUGAAGCCAAGCUACGCACAUGACCUUCUGGAGGCCAAGCAGCAACUGCAAGGCAAGAUGCAAGUGCUUGAGGAAACAGCGGCUGAGGCAAUUGAAGCAGCCGACGUGUGCAGGAAGGACGCCUCUAAUGUGAGACAAUCCACGGAGGCGCUGAUUACAGUGGGUGAGGUGAGAGAGGCAGACAAUUUGGCUUUGGUGCGAGAAACAAGUGACCUGAAGCAAGAGCUCCGCAAAGCCAGACAUGUGGCACAUGAAUUAGAAAUUGCAGUUCGGUGCGCCAUUUGCUGCUCGAAGAGGGCAGACACCGUGCUCAUGCCGUGCAAACACGUUUGCUGCUGUCAGACUUGUUGGGCAAGAGUUUCCGAGGAGAACAAUAUGUUGGCUCCCUGCCCAAUCUGCCGUGUGCCAGUCCAGGGUUGGAUACAGAUGCGGGUUUAAGCAUGGAUCGUUGGGGCCGCUAGUUAGAAAGCUCUUGCAGAUUUGAAGGAAGAGAAUCCAGCAUCAGUGUGGACA